AUGCCGGCCAAGAAGAAGCCCGACCAGGAGAAACUCCUAUUCAUCCGUUAUGAAAGUUCACUAGAACGAUGUAAAUCCCUGAUAGCCUCCGCUGAACGCAUUGUCGAUUCGUGUCCGCCCUCCUCAGCGGCUUCCUACUUUACGAAAAUUACGUCACUUGUAGGCAGUCUUACGACAGCAUUUUCAGACUGGUUGCUUCUCGCCGGAGAAGUCGAGGAGGAGAAGAUAAACGACGCCAAAAAGGCGUUUAACGAUGCAUCCAUGUCAGCGGAUGAGAUUUUGGUAAGAUUGGACUCUUUGGCUCCAGUCCAAUCGAAAGUGGAAAAAGGUUCCACUGAUGAGUCUCGUUUGCGGAGGAUCGAUUUCAGACCGUUGGACAAAAAUAAUGUUAAAAACUGGUUUGAAGAUCUUGAGGUUGUCUUCAAGGCAAUGGGUGUAUAUAAAGAAGAGCUUAAAUAUGCUUCACUUCUUCGUUUGGUGGACAACUUAACAAGCUCAUUGAUAAGCUCGGUUACCAGAGCCAACUCUGAAAACAGUUACACUGAGGCCAAAAAUGUCAUAGUCGCGGAAUUUUCAUU